AUGUCUGGCCGCGGCAAAGGAGGCAAGGGACUCGGAAAGGGCGGCGCCAAGCGCCAUCGCAAGGUUUUGCGCGAUAACAUCCAGGGAAUCACCAAGCCCGCCAUCCGCCGUCUAGCUCGCAGGGGUGGUGUCAAGCGUAUCUCCGGCCUCAUCUACGAAGAGACUCGCAACGUCCUCAAGGUCUUCCUCGAGUCUGUCAUUCGCGACUCCGUCACGUACACCGAGCAUGCCCGCCGCAAGACCGUCGUGUCCAUGGAUGUCGUGUACGCCCUCAAGAGACAGGGACGUACGCUCUAUGGGUUCGGUAACUAGAGUCGUGUCGGCAAGAAGUAGCCGCUUGCACAUAAUAGCGGGGUUGUACGAUACGUUGUUUAGCUUGUCGAUUGUUACAAUAGUUGAAUAACUGUCUGCACGAAAAAAAAAAGAAGAGUUUAUUGUUUUACUACA